ACAACUAUUUUUUCAUUAAGUAAAGGCGGCGAAGAUCUGAAGAUCAAGAUGGCGCUACGUUUCCGAAACGUUCGAGCGAUCAAACAUAAACAAAUAUACGACCGGUCUGAAAAAAGUACCUGAUACUACGAGAAACAUGUCGAAUCCAAAGAGAACUAUUUAUGUCGGUGGUCUUGCAGAAGAAGUAGAUGAGAAAGUUUUACAUGCUGCUUUUAUACCGUUUGGUGAUAUUGUAGAUGUUCAAAUUCCCCUUGACUAUGAAUCAGAAAAACACAGGGGUUUUGCUUUUAUAGAAUUUGAAGCGGCAGAGGAUGCUGCAGCAGCUAUUGAUAACAUGAAUGACUCUGAACUCUUUGGACGAACUAUUCGUGUGAAUAUUGCCAAACCUCAGAGAAUCAAAGAAGGGUCCUCUAAACCUGUAUGGUCAGAUGACAAAUGGCUUCAAGAGCAUGCAGGGGAAACCCUUGAUACAGAACCAGAUGAUAAAAGCACGAACUCAGCAGAUAAAGACAAGCAGAAUGAAGCUGGAGAAAAGAAGAAGACCAAAAACCCACAGGUUUACUUUGACAUUAAAGCAGGAAAGUCUGAGUUGGGGCGAGUAAUUGUGAUGUUACGAGCAGAUGUUGUUCCCAAAACUGCUGAAAACUUCAGAUGUCUUUGCACCCAUGAAAAGGGAUUUGGAUAUCAAGGCAGUUCUUUCCAUCGUAUCAUUCCAGGCUUUAUGUGUCAAGGAGGAGAUUUCACAAACCACAAUGGAACAGGAGGACGGUCCAUUUAUGGAAAGAAAUUUGAAGAUGAAAAUUUUGAUUUGAAACAUACAGGACCAGGAACAUUAUCCAUGGCUAAUUCUGGUCCAGGAACAAAUGGAUCUCAGUUUUUCCUCUGCACAGCAAAAACAGACUGGCUGGAUGGAAAACAUGUAGUGUUUGGUCAUGUCAUCAGUGGUCUGGAUGUUUUAAAGAAAAUGGAGAAAUAUGGAAGUAAAGGCGGAGCAACUACAGAAAAGGUGGUCAUUUCAGGCUGUGGAGAAUUGUCAUAGAAAGGUUUUGAUUUCAAAUAUUAAAAACCAUGAAUGUAUUUUA